AGAAAGAAAGAAAGAAAGAAAGAAAGAAAGAAAAUAAUGAUAGCCAUUGACCCUUAGUUAAAAUGAAUGGCCGCUUUGCUCCUUCUCUUCAAAAGUUGUAUCUGUUUGCUGCUUGUGCACUUGUAAUCUCUUACAGUUGCUACAGAUACAUUGUCAUUUUGAAGUCAUAAAAGAUGAAUCAGGCAUCCCAAAUGGAUAAUCUUGCAGAAAUGUUCCAACUCCUCAUUCAUCUAUGUUCACCUGUGAGGAAUUGAGUGAAAUUCAUUAAUUGGGAGUAGACUAGUAACUAUUAAAUAAUUAUUUAUAUAAUUAUAAUUAAUGAAUAAUUAUUAUAAUAUUGGGAGUAGAGCAGUAAUUAUUAAAUAAUUAUUUAUAUAAUUAUAAUUAAUGAAUAACUAUUGUAAGAUUCAACUCAGAUCAUGGACUGGGACCUAAAUGGUAAUUGCUAAAAGUAAGAAUCCGCUUCUGAGGGAAGGAUGGAAUCCAGGCCCAACUGGAAUAUUCACUUUUAUUACAUCCCUUUCUCCGCAGGUCUUUGUGGCAACUCAUUCAGGAAUGUACCGCAAACCUGUCCUUGGCAUGUGGGAUUAUCUGUGCAAAAAGGCAAAUGGUGGCUUAGAAGUGUCUUUGCAAGAAAGUGUCUAUGUAGGAGAUGCUGCUGGACGUCCAGCAAACUGGGCCCCUGGACAGAAGAAGAAAGAUUUUUCUUGCAGUGACCGUCUGUUUGCUUUGAAUGCUGGCCUUCCCUUCUACACUCCUGAAGAAUAUUUCCUGGGUUGGAAACAGGCACCGUUUGCACUCCCCGACUUUGAUCCUCGAGCAUUGGACCCUAAAGCUGAACUGUAUGAUCCACCCAAUGCCUCCUUGAUCUCAUCCUCCUCAGAGCUGGUUAUAGCUGUUGGCUUCCCUGCUGCUGGCAAAUCAACUUUUUUGAAGAGACAUUUAGUCUCAGUUGGAUAUGCGUAUGUCAACCAGGACACCCUUGGUUCAUGGAAGAAAUGUGUGGCAUUGUGUGAAACAUCAUUGCAAGCAGGAAAGAGUGUAGUAGUGGAUAAUACCAACCCAGAACUGGAAUCGAGACGCAGGUACACUGAAUGUGCUAAGAAGGCCAGCGUUCCCUGCCGCUGCUUUCUUUUUACUGCCUCACUGGAACAAGCCAAGCAUAACAACAGACUCCACCACUUGGAUAUCCAUCAGAUACUGAAUAGCCUUGUGCAUGAGCUUACGUUUUACCUGGUUCCUAGAGGAAGAAAAGAGAUGGAAUCUAUUCGGAGGAUGGGAGCGGAACUCUAACCUCAACCAAACCUAACAGUCUGAAGGACCCAGGAUCAGUGGUGGUGCAGUUCCAGGGAUCUGAAAACAAGGUAAGGCAGCCGCCAUUCGGGUGAUCUGAUCCAAAUCACUUGUUUCUGUGAUAGGGACGGCCACCCGCCCCCUCGAAAGCAAUUUACUGGGCUGCUAGUACCUGUCCCUGUCCCUAGAGUAUUGUCUGUCCUCUUGCCUUGAGUAUCUGGGGAAGAAUAUCUCUGUUGUUGGAAGUGUUGGCCAGGAAGCCGGUAUGGAGGCCUCCUUGGAUAAGGGGCUGGACACUGAUCAGAGAGCUUGGCCAUGGAAGGGAGGAUCCUGCACUUAUUUUUAUCUUCCACUAGAAUAGGAUCAAGGUAAGCACCAAUUUGUCUCCGGCAUACUCAGCUGCUGCCAGGUUCC